CUUCCGGGCUUCUGUGCCCCGGCCUCUGGGCCGGCCGCGGCCGUUUGGUGCAGAGGGCGUUGGCGACGGGGGGCCCGCGGCCGGCCCGUCCGCCGCAACCUGUCACCGUCGCCCCAGAGUGGCUGCGUCGGGGCAGGAAUGCUGCCAACCGGCCGGUGCCUGCUUUGGCUUGGCUUGGUCUUGGCCUCGGUCUGCACCUCCCUUGAGUCUGCGGCGUCCAGCAACUCGACCACAGCUCCUCUGAAUGUCCUUCUAAUCAUCGUGGAUGACCUGCGCCCUUCCCUGGGCUGUUACGGGGACAAGCUGGUAAGGUCCCCAAACAUCGACCAACUGGCAUCCCACAGCCUCCUCUUCCAGAAUGCCUUUGCCCAGCAAGCAGUGUGUGCCCCAAGCCGUGUGUCCUUCCUCACUGGGAGGAGACCAGACACCACCCGCCUGUAUGACUUCAAUUCCUACUGGAGGGUACAUGCUGGAAACUUCUCUACCAUCCCCCAGUACUUCAAGGAGAAUGGCUACGUGACCAUGUCGGUUGGAAAAGUCUUUCACCCUGGAAUAUCUUCCAAUUAUAGUGAUGAUUCUCCAUUUAGCUGGUCUGUUCCACCUUAUCAUCCCUCCUCUGAAAAGUAUGAAAACACCAAGACAUGCAGGGGGCCAGAUGGAGAACUCCAUGCCAACCUGCUUUGCCCCGUGGACGUGGCGGAUGUGCCAGAGGGCACCUUGCCUGACAAGCAGAGCACCGAGCAAGCGAUACGCUUGUUGGAAAAGAUGAAAACAUCGGCCCGCCCUUUCUUCCUGGCUGUUGGGUAUCAUAAGCCGCACAUCCCCUUCAGAUACCCCAAGGAGUUUCAGAAGCUUUAUCCCUUGGAGAACAUCACCCUGGCUCCUGAUCCCCAGGUUCCUGCUGGCCUCCCCCCCGUGGCCUACAACCCCUGGAUGGACAUCAGGCAGCGGGAGGACGUCCAGGCCUUGAACCUCAGUGUGCCCUAUGGCCCAAUUCCUGUGGAUUUUCAGCGGAAAAUCCGUCAGAGCUACUUUGCCUCCGUUUCAUAUUUGGAUACACAGGUUGGCCACCUUCUGAGUGCUUUGGAUGAUCUCCAGCUGGCCAACAGCACCAUCAUCGUGUUUGUCUCCGAUCACGGGUGGGCUCUCGGUGAACAUGGAGAGUGGGCCAAAUACAGCAAUUUUGACGUCGCCACUCGUGUGCCCUUGAUGUUCUAUGUUCCCGGGAGGACAGCUCUGCUUCCAGAGGCAGGCGAGAAGCUUUUCCCUUACAUCGACCCUUUCGAUUCCAUCCUGGAGUUGAUGGAGCCAGGCCGGCAAGUCAUGGACCUCGUGGAACUUCUGUCUCUCUUCCCCACGCUCGCGGGACUUGCAGGACUGCACGUGCCGCCUCGCUGUCCUGUUCCCUCAUUUCGUGUCGUGCAGUGCCGAGAAGGCCAGAGCCUUGUGAAGUAUUUCCGAUUCCAGGACCUGGACGAGGACCAGUACCUUCGUGGUAAUCCCCGUGAGUCUAUUGCCUAUAGCCAAUACCCCCGGCCUGCAGACUCUCCCCAGUGGAAUUCUGACAAGCCGAGCUUAAAAGAUAUAAAGGUCAUGGGCUAUUCCAUACGCACAAUAGACUAUCGGUACACUGUGUGGGUUGGCUUCAAUCCCCAUGAAUUUCUGGCUAACUUUUCUGAUAUCCACGCAGGGGAACUGUAUUUUGUUGAUUCUGACCCUUUGCAGGACCACAACAUGUAUAAUGAGUCCCGGGGCAGAGACCUCCUCCAAUCACUGAUGCCAUGACUCCGGCCAGCCGGGGAGGAGGGCAGCUGUCACAUGCUCCCUUGCAGCUGGGGAGAGGAGGCAUUAAAACUGGUCAUUUGGUGAUCAUCCAUACUGCUAGAAGCAACCCGAGGGGUAGGGACACAAAGCAUACGUCCACAGCUUGACCUAAGAAUAUGUAAUAGCUUAACCUUUUGAUUCUUUAUUAAUUUGAGUCUUUAUUAAUAUCCACUUGGUAAUUGGACCGGGGCUAGGCUGAACCGUUCUUUCCUUUUUGGGGCAAUCACAGCCUGUUUAUCGAGUGGAUAAGUGUAAAGGGAACAACUAAAAUCUGUCAUGCUUUUAUCCAUUGAGACCAUAAUAAUCAAACACAACACUAUACUCAAGAAAUACUGUAAUUACCUCUGGAAUCUAGUGCAUUUCAAAAAGUAACCAUAUGUCACAUUAGGUUUCACACGAAGUCCCUGGUUCUUUUGUUUAUAAUGUAAUCAUAUAUUUAACCAAAUAUAUUCAAAGUAUUAUGUCAAUAUUUCAGGUUUCAGGUUUGUAAAAUGUGAAGUUAAAUAAUAAUGCUAGGCGUUAAGGCCUUAAAGUCUUCAACUUUUGUUAAUAAGAUUGCAAGUUUUCCAAAAUCCAAAGAUAAAAUAUGCAUGAAGUGACUAAUGUAGAAUUUCUGCAUCAAAUAAUAAAUAAUGCUAAGUCAACUAGAGGCAUGAGAUAUUUGGGAAAUUCAGUUAGAAAUGUUCAGGAACUUCUGGCCCAAAUUGUAAUUUGUUAGCAAGUAAUAUGACCAUUAACCUCCAAGAUCACCUAUUGAAAGGUCCUGUUAUUCACGGUGGAAAACAUUUAAAGGUGUAACUAUAUCCACGAAUCAAGUAAUUCAAAACUGUUGUGUUCUCCUUCAGGAAUGGUUGGUUGCAGGUAUACAUUUAUCCAGGAGGCAGGAAAUAGUCUACUUUGAGUAGCUGAUUAAAGACAACAUUAAUUUUAUUAAAUUCUGAAUUAUUUUGAGAAUUGUGAAAACUUCCCUUAAUAUAAUAUUAGGUAAUUUCUAAUCCCCCAGAACAUACUUCUGUAUUCCCUAAAUAUGAAAGUAACCAGAAAGGCAGGUGGUAAUUAUAAUAAGGUUAGCCUACAUCAUCUUAAAAAAGGAUGGGAUAAUCACAACUCAUAUUUGUAACACGUGGAAGUUGAUCAGUUACCAGCACUCAUCAGAGGAGUCAGCCACAUUCUAAAUAAACAUCUUACAUUGUCCUGUA